AUGGCGUCUGAAAUUGAACAAGAAACAAGUAACAGGACAAAAGAGAAAGCAGUAAAGACAAUUGAGUUGAUAAAGUCAUUUACUGGUAAAUGUCCUAAAGAUUUCCGUCUGAUUGCUCAUUUGCAAGAAGUUAUAGAAAAGACUUUACAUCAGAGUUCACAAAGCAUCAGUGAUGAUGGAUGUCUUCUUGCCACAAUAGCAACUGAUGAUGGAUCACUAUUUGAAAAAUUAUCUGAUUGGUCAUCAUUACCACCAGUAGAGAAAAAUAACCACAAAAACUUUUUAGAGGAGAAUUAUUCGCCUGAAGAUUUGCAGUUGGCUUAUGAUGAAUACUUUGCCAGACAUGGAAGAAUACCUGCUUUAAGAGACUUUAGAGUUUUCAUUCUACAGUGGCAAGUGGAAAUGCACCAGAAAAACAUAGACCUAGAAUCAGACAACAGUAAUCUGAAUCUUAACCAAGAGAACUUUAGAAUGGCUUUAGAUCAUGCUGUACAUGUGUCUACAGAACAACAAAACCAACUACAGAAUCUGAUAACAGACCGUCUGAACUUACAGAGAAGAUUUGAACAGGCUAUAGAUACUGCUGGACAGUUAAAUACAAUUAAUCAACAACAUGUUACUAAUAAUGGUCUUUUGCAAAAUACGUGUGCAAGGCUCAUUGGAGAAAAUAAUCAAGUAAAUACCAGAUGUAAUAGGUUACAACAAGAUAAUAGAAGAAAGGAUAUGCAGAAUGCUGUUCUUGACAAAGAAAAUGUUCACUUAAGUGUGGAAGUAGCUGAAAAAGACACUACCAUAAAACAGAAAGACACUACCAUAAAACAGAAAGACACUUCCAUAAAACAGAAAGACAUUACCAUAGAACAUCUGACAUCACAGAAUGAACAGAAAGAUUCUAGCAUAGAACAUCUGACAUCACAGAAUGAACAGAAAGAUUCUAGCAUAGAACAUCUGACAUCACAGAAUGAACAGAAAGAUUCUAGCAUAGAACAUCUGACAUCACAGAAUGAACAGAAAGAUUCUAGCAUAGAACAUCUGACAUCACAGAAUGAACAUCUGACAUCACAGAAUGAACAGAAAGAUUCUAGCAUAGAACAUCUGACAUCACAGAAUGAACAUCUGACAUCACAGAAUGAACAGAAAGAUUCUAGCAUAGAACAUCUGACAUCACAGAAUGAACAUCUGACAUCACAGAAUGAACAUCUGACAUCACAGAAUGAACAUCUGACAUCACAGAAUGAACAGAAAGAUUCUAGCAUAGAACAUCUGACAUCACAGAAUGAACAGAAAGAUUCUAGCAUAGAACAUCUGACAUCACAGAAUGAACAGAAAGAUUCUAUCAUAGACAAGAAAGAUAUGAAUAUUGCCGAACUCUCUGUGCAGAACAAGGAAAAAGAUGGUAAAAUAAAAGACAUGAAGUGCAUGAACAAAAAACUUAAUAGUGAUCUCCAAGUAAAACAAGAACUGUGUGAUGAAAAAGAUAGGCAGCUUAAAAAGCAAUGUCUAGUCACUGAUGGACUACAUCACGAAAUGAGUGCUACAAGUGAAAGACUAGCUAAUCUAGAAAAAGGUCUAGAGAGCAAAAAAGAUGAAAUAGAAAGAUUGAGAAGUGACAAUUUGAGUCAGAAUAAACAUAUCAGUGAACAAGAUAAAAUGAUCAGGGAUUUAAAUGAUAAGGCACAAUCUCAGGACAAAGUAAACCAAGAUCUGUUUCAACAGUUACAGGAGUUAAAAAUGAUGUUACUUACUGUUAACCAGAGACAAGAGGCAGCAGAAUCAGGCAAGACAAACUCAUCAUCAUGAAGUCACCCUGUUUACAGAAAGAAAUUUCGAUACUUUAUAUCAUCAAUUUAUUUUGUGUUUCGCUUUAAUCUUUAUUUGUUCAUUUUGAUGCACCAAUGAAAAAUGUUUUAUAUUUUUCAUUAAAUCAAACCACAUACAUAAGUACAUUUGUAAUUUGUUAUAGAAUACCAGCUGGGCAGGUUUUAAGUUUAACUUUAAGUAUUUGUUAAUUGAUUUUGUUAUGAUCGUUAUUGAAGUCAGCACUUCUUAAUGCAUUCACUUCCAUCAUGGUUAUGAAGUAUCUGUUAUACAUUAGAGUAAUGGAGAACAUCAGAAGAUGGUCUUAAGUAUUUUUAUAUGCAAUUUUAAUGAUUUUAUAUGCAAUUUUAAUGAUGAAAAUUUAUACAUGUAUAUUUUAACAUCAUUUUUAAAAUUUCAGCAUAUAAAACUUUUAUAAAAUGAAUUAUUAAAUUUGAAAAAAAAAAUGAAAUAUUUGUUUAUCGAUUUUGUAUUGUUCAUGUUGUAAUGAAUUAAUUUCAGUCAUACAAUUCAAAAAAAAAAAGCAAUAUGCUCCAACCAUAAGAAAUAUUUUUUUGUGAGAAAGCUCAAGUAAAUAUGUGGAAUUUAUUAACAAAAUAAUAUUUAAAAUUUCAGUUGAGAGGAGAGAAAAUUUACUUUUGUAAAUAAUUUUAGUCAUAAUGUAUAUGUUAUUCAUUUUAAGAUAGAAUCUUUUAAAGUAAACCACAAGGCAGCAAAUACAGGUGCAUAUAAUCCAUCUUUUUGUAUAUAAAAAAAAUCAACCAUUUACUUUUCACCUAUAUCCACCUGCUGAAAUCUCAUUCCUUGAUUUGGACAUUCUUUCGAAAUAAAAAUACAUGUAUAUAUGUAUUAUGUAUAUUUUAUUUUUUUCAAUUUUUCAACUGGCAUCUCUAUCUGAUGGGGAUAAUUUUUCAUGCCAUUGAUAUAAAUUGUAUAUAUUUAUUUAUAAAUGUUGUUCUUAAACAGAAACUUAGUGUUGAUCACUGUUAGUUGAUGUGAAUAAAUAACAUUGAAAUGGUAUAAACAUUAACUCAAAUGUUUACAAUACCAUUGUUUGUGGUAUUGAAGUAAAAGCAAAGAAAGUGAAAAAACAUUAUACUGUGUGCUAUACUUGUUAUAGUGAAACAGCAAAUAUAGACACAGGUGAAAUAGGGUCGUCUCUGCGUAUAUAAAACAAGACAUUUCUCUGAGAUCUGCAUUGUCUAGAAAAAAUUAACCACUGAAUGUGUAUUUUUUUGUAAACUUGUAGAGUUACUGUUCCAUUGAAUUUUUCUAUUUCUGGUGAUAGUUAUUUCUGUUUUAAGAUCUACUUUCAUCAUAAUCUAACAUUUAUGCCCCUGUUUUGUUAGUAUAUGAAAUCUGCCAAAUAUUUCAAAGUCAGUAGCAAAAACAGGAUUUGUGAAGUACAGUUUUAAUUAAUGAAUGGUUGUAAUUGUUAAAUCCAGUAUGUAGACUUUUCACUGUCACUUUACAAUCAAAUAAGACGAUUUCCUUGGAUUUAUGACAUGCAUAUAUAAUUUCAUUGGAUAUUUAGAUAAGACAAAUACUGAAAUAAAUGCAAAUAUUAUCGAUUUGACAGUUAUUAAGACAUCCAUACAAAACCAUAGUGACAGUGAAAUUUACAAAAAAGAAUAGGCCAAAAGAAAAUGUGUUAUGCUUCUGUUUUAAUAUAAGACCAUCCAUUUAAUUUUGCUCAACUUGAAAUUUAUUGUUGAUUCCAAAAACAAAACAAAAAACCCUUCUGUUUCUGACCAUCAAUUUCUUCCAAUGAUAUCGAAACUUAAAAUUUGCUUAUGAAACAUUGUGUUCAACUUUUUUCAGAACAUUGAAAUUUUACUGACUCAACCUAUUAUGUUCAAAACUUGAGGCACAACAUAUUUUUUUGGUGGCUUUAAUGGUCAGUAGGACUUCAAAAAUGGCAUUAAAAUUGAGUUCAAACCUAAAUAUCUGUUUAAAAAGCUUUGUAAAUUUGCAAUAUCUAUUGUAGAAUUGUAUAUGUAAUAUAUUAUGGUCUACUUACAUGUUUUUGCUUGAAAUACAAUGAACCAGUCAUGCAUAUUAUAAAAUAUCUUAUUGUAGGUAAAUGUAUACAAAAUGUGGCAUCUUUUGAUUAAGUAAAUUCCUUUGGUAUUGUUGUUAUGUUUUUCUCCAAACAUUGUAUUACCUAUUGAAUAUGUAGUCUAUAAUUUACCGUUUAUAUUAAAUAACUCAAGUCAGAUUCUUUUUUUAUAAAUAAACCAGUAAUUUAAUAUAAUCUUCCAAAUAGACCUUUUUAUCAAAUGGUAGUUUGAAUAAGAAAUAAGCUGUUUUAGAAAUUAUAGUUAUUUUAUUUCUGAAGGCCUUGUAAUUUUGGAUUAUUUUAUAUAGAAUGUUGGUAAUUUACUUUCAGUUUUGUUGAAUCUCCUCAUUUGGUAAUGCAUUCUAUACAAUAUGUAACACAAGUUCCUAACACAGUAGUUUUACUUAAUUUUCACUUACACAUUGUUAAUUAAAGUCAAUAUAAAUUUUCAUUAUAUUGUACCAUAAGCAGUUCCAAAGGAUACCAACAUUUUUUACCAAUGAUGCACUUUACUAAAUCUAGUGAUACAGUUAUUUUACAAGAUGUUUUAGUCCAUUUGUCAUAUUAGUAUUUUAAAGGAUGUUUUUAUCCUAUCCAAAUGUGUUCAAGUAGUUUUUAGAUUCAGGUAUUUGAGAUGUAAAUUUCAUGGCCAUAUUUGUUUUCAAAAUACUCUCAUUUUUCAUGUCAUUCAGAUAUUACUUCAUAAUGGCAUCAGCUUGAAAACAAUUCCAUAACUAUUUAUAAAUUUUUGAGGCCUUGUCAUUAUAAAUGAUCACAUCAUCAACAUAAAAUGCUGCAUUAAAAAAGAAAUGAGUAGGUGCAUUAAGACCUAGUUUUGGCCCAAGAAAAUAAGGUUUUUGAGAACUGUUUCAAAUUUACACAUAAUGUUUGGAAAUGCAUAAAAUCAAGCAAUAUAAAUGAAUUACAUAAGAUUUUUGAUGUUAUGACAUCACAAUUACUUCAUAAUUUGCACCAUUUUCAUGAAAACAAAGAAAACUGCUAACUUUAUAUAGUUUUCCAUCAAUAUUUCCUUCCUGGAAACAUUGUGUGCAUGCAGGAAGCAACAAAAUAAUUCAAGAGAAGCUUUAUUAUAAUCAUUGACAUAUUCUAACCAAAUAUAAAGUUGUUUCUUGGGUGUGCACAUACUUUUCUAAUCUAAUAUAGACUUCAGAGUUGACCUAAAACAAGGAAAAUCAAGAAAUUUUACAAAAUAUACACAUUUUGUCAUAGUUUGUUGCCAUGGUAACUCGUUAAAUGUGAAAUUUGUUUUUAUUUUUUGAACACCUUGUACCUUAGUGUAGUUUGGACAAUGCUAAGAAUAUGUAUGGUUACUUUUCAAUUUGCACUAAUAUUUGGGCCAAUUAAGGGCCAUAUUGCCCCUACUCCUUUCUUCUUCUUUUGUGACUGCUGAAGAUGGCAUGUAUCAUCGAAUUAUAAUAACCAUGUUGCCAUUUUCAUCUAUUUUUAAUCUGACCAAUCCUUUCUAAAGUUUUAUAGAAUAUUCAAAUAUACAUUAAGAAAAGCCCUAUUCUUAACACAACUUUGUGCAUUACUUGAGACUUUUAAAAGGGAAUAUUUUACAGUUCUGUUGAUAACCAAGUUUUAUUUCGCAAGUCAAAGUUACAUGGAGAUUUAAAAAAAUUCAUAUGAUUUACAUCCUAGCAGAGGUACCUCACCUAAUUUAUCAAUAUUACACUUGUCUUAGAUAGUACCUGAAAAUUUGUGCGUAUUGAUGGUCAAAUUAGUUCACGGUGCAGCAGUAACCAUUUCUGUUCAAUGAAUUAUAUUGUCAUUGUUUUUUGUAUUUUUAUCAUGUCGAUAAAAUUUGUCAAAACAGUUAUGGAUAAAACCAGACUGACAGCAAAAUAGUUACUAUCUUCAGCAACAAAAAUGGUGAAAAUUGAAAUGUUCCAUAUUUUUAAAAUGGAUAAAUAUGAAUGCAAUUUCUACAAUGAUGAACUGAAAAUACUUUUGAAACUAUUUCUGUUUUGUUUCGUUGCACAUUUGUACAUAUUGUAAAUAUUAAUGAAUAAUCAUAGAGUAUUUAUAUAAACAAAUUUUUGUACAGAAUCAUGCUUACUAGAUUUUUCUAUAUCUAUAUUUUCCAGAAAUUCAUAUGAAGAAUGCUUGAAUUCUUUUCACUCUCAAAAGUAAUUAGAGUCUUCCAAACAUCUUUUGAAUUUACUUCCAUGCUUUCUUUUUCUAUGUUAUGUCUACAACAUAGAAUGUUUAAAAACAAAAUUAUGAUGUAAGAGGUUAUGGACAUAUUCUAUGUCUUAACCAGUCUGAUACUGUAUAGGGGUUAUAUUGUACUGUGCUAAUGUUGGCUUAUUGUAGGAGUUUAUAUGAAGAUGAAAUAAAAGCCAUGGAUAUUGUUAUAAUGCAGAAUGGCAUGUUUACUGUCAGUUAUUUCAUUCAAAUAGAUUUAAUUUUUUUUUAUUUUUUUUUGCCUAAGUUACCAAAAUUUAAAAUUUCAAUUUUUUUUCAAACAUCUUUUGCUGAAACUAUAAAGGUGAUUUUUUUAUUCUUGCCAGUAUAAUACCCCUUAAACAGUGAAAAGAAUGUUUACACACGGAUUUUUGAAAAAGGAACAUGUGGAGUGUGGUAUGUUUCUUUUUAGUUUUAUUCUCACACAUUUUCACAUAUCUUUCUACAUUUUAAUGUUUACAAUUUUACAUGACAUGCAUUUCUAUAUUUUUAGUGCUAAUAUAUUUAUCUGUCAUCAAUUUUACAAUUGCAAUAAAUAUAUAUUACUGAUAGAA